AUGCGUCUGCUCGUCCCCGCCUACAUUCUUCUCAUCAUUGGAUUAUUCUCUUCUGCAUGCGGGAUCCCUUUUUCAGCAAGAAGCGAUGUUGUACAAUCACAUUCUGAACACCCUCGGGGUCAACCGUCCCUCAGUGAAAAGAAGCGACCAUUGUCAUCGUUCGCAAACCCUUCGAACUCGAGCAAGGUCGGAAAAUCAGCAUCACGGAGACCUGCUCCCCCGCCUGCUGUUUUCGUCACGUUUCGAAAAUCGAUAUAUACCGACACAGCCUUCGACCGUGAAGCGCGAGAGACCAUCAAGUCCGUCCUCAAAAGCCAAGAAUACUUUGGCCCAAAUCGCCUAGUUCUCUUUCAUAAUAAAUACGCAGCAGGUGGAGACCUAUAUUAUAUUAGGGUCGAAAACCCCGUUGCAGGAGGAUUUUGUCAUCCUUUUUGUCGUGGGGCGGUGUCUCGAGUUCGAGCUGAUGCCUAUAAUAAACUGCUGCCUCACUCAAUGGGUAGAUACCCAACUGAAGAUGAACUUAGCGAUGUGGAUUACACGGCCACUCCGGAGGAAGUCAAGGGUAGCCGUGCUGAAGUGAAACCAGAUGAGGAAGACUAG